AUGUCGUCAGGGUUUGUGAGCGGUGGAACUGCCGGCGAGGAGGUGGAACGAAACGACGAAUGGAAGCGUGCCCAGCGUGAAAUUGAAGAGGCUCGAAAAGCCAAAGCCGAUCUGGCGAAGCAGCAAGAUGGGAAAUCGUUGUUCGAGAUUCUGCAGGCCAACAAGGAUAAAAAGCAGGCCGAGUUUGAAGAGAAAGCCCGGUUCAAACUACACAACGCACUAGAUGAUGACGAAGCCGAUUAUUUGGACUCUAUACUGGAGAAGAAGAGACAAGAGGAGAUACGCAUUAAGAAGGAAACCCUUGCACAACUAGACUUGUUCAGAACCCAACAGGAGGAGACCGAGCGGCGAGCGUUGGAGGCAGAGAGUGUGGAAUCGACGAGGGAAGACCAGCAGCAGUGGGCUAUUAAAGGACGAAAGAGGAAACAUGGAUCUGAAGCAGGGUUCUUGAAAGGCGUAAAGUUAAGGAAAUCAAGUCCCGUGAGGGAGGAGCAUGAGAAGCUUGACAAGAUGACGGCAAUUCAGAGUUCUGCACCACAGAGCAAUGCCACCAGCUCGAUGCCUCAGCAAGUAUCUGCUCCGAGAUCCUUGCCCACGUCAUCGUCUGCCAAGCUUACAAAUACACUUUCGCUUGGCCUGGGUUACACGUCCUCAGACGAAGAAGACUGA